AAUAUCGUUAUUUAUACAGCGACGAAUUAACGACGAUUCUUUUUGCAAGAAAGAGAAGAAAUUAGUAGCAGGAGAAGAAAUAAAUAUUAAUUUCAGAAUAUCAAUUUCAGCGGUCGUAGCAAAAAUUAUGGCGAACGUUGCUUUACGAAUUUUUACAAAAGACGUUCCAUCGCGCUUGGCGAAAAUUCAUCUCGAACACGUUCGUCACGGACAUCAUAUGCGAGGAAAACCACCGACGGUCGCCCUUAGUUUGAAGCAACGACUCGAACUGCUGAACAAAGUAGAUCCGACGACGUCGUUUAAAGUAAACAUCGGCUUUUCCACGAAAAAGGUCUCGAUGGAAAAGAAGCAAAUUUGGAUGAACGAACGGAAAGUUAAACGAUCGGACGUAAAUUUCGUGAAACAACUAAACGACAAACAGCAGCCGUCUGUGAAUAUGGAAGAAGUAAGAGAGGCUUGGUUAGAAACGAACAGUCCGUUCCACGCUCGCAGAAUUGCGGAUCAUUAUGGAAUAUUUCAAGACUUAUUCGAGGAUGCGUUUUUCUUCCCUGUCGUACCGUUGGAAAUUGAUUACAGGAUAAAAGACGAAGAUAGUUUCGUCAGAGUUCAUACGGGAAAUAUCGUAAAACCUGCGGAAGCAUGCGAAUCACCAGAGGUGAAGUACAAGGCUGAAAAAGGCAGCUUAUGGACAUUGGUAAUGUGCACACCGGACGGCAACUUGGAAAAUUCGAACAACGAAUAUUGCCACUGGUUCCUAGGAAACAUUUGCGAGAACAGAGUAGAAGAAUGCGAGCAAAUAAUGGACUAUUUAAGACCGAUACCAGCUAGAGGUGUGGGCUAUUAUCGUUACAUAUUUACCCUUUAUAAACAAAACCAGCAUUUAGAUUAUACAGAGUACAAGAGGGUGCAGCAGCAGCAGCAGCAGCAGCCUUGUUUACAGUUGAAAGAACGCAACUGGAAUACGUUGGAAUUUUAUCGGAAAUAUCAAGAUCAUCUGACACCGGCCGGUUUAGCAUUUUUCCAAAGCGAUUGGGAUCCCACGGUAAAAGAGUUCUAUCAUUCGGCGUUAGAUACGAAGGAGCCAAUAUUUCAGUACGAUUUUCCGAAACCGUACGUUAAGCCGCAAACGUGGUUUCCACUGAAAGAAUCGUUCAACGUUUAUUUGGACAGAUACAGAGAUCCGAAAGACGUAACGAAAGAAUUUUUCUUGAGAAAACUGCGAACCGUUCAUCCUUUCAAAGCGCCGAAGCCACCUCUCAAGUACCCGAACGCGUGUAGUUUCGACAAGGGGCUACCUUCUUGGUUGAAAUUGGAAAUGCGAAAGGAACGAUUGGGAUGGGGCCGUGUCAACGAUCUGAAAUAAGAAAU